AUGACCUCUUCCAAGGCGUUUUCCGACGAAGUUAUGGAAAACCCUGAAUUAUAUGGGCUUAGGCGUUCACAUAGAUCAACUGCGCAGAACCAAGCGAGCUAUUAUUCCAAUGACUCAGAUUCAGAUGAGGACGUUGUGAGCUCAAGUAGAAGGAGGAGGAAAGCAUACGACGAGGAUGCUGAAAUAGACGAAAUAGAAGAAGAUGAGGAUGAGGAUGAGUUUACCGCCGAUGAAGGAGAUAGCGACUUCCAUGGUUCUCCGGUCAAGGGUAAAGUCGCAAGAGAUAGGAAACGGCUGCCAUUCGUAAAGAAGACGAAGCAAAAGGAGGAAAAGAUACCCACGCGGUUUUCUUCUCGUAACAACAAGAAUAUCAACUAUAACGUGGAUUACUCAGAUGAUGAUCUUCUGGAGUCGCCGGCUGAAGAUGAGGAAGACUUGGAAUCAGGAGCUGAAGAUGCAGAGGAAUACGAGUACGAAUACUCUGCCACACCGCAACCAGAGGAGGAUCAUGGGGUAGAUUUUGUAGUUACGCAUAGGCUCAAAGAAGGCACGAACGAGGCAGUACUGAAAAGCGUUCCGUCACUUGAUGACUGUAGGGAGAAAUUCGAGUUUUUAAUCAAGUGGAGUGAUCAAUCUCAUCUGCAUAACACUUGGGAAUCGUACGAGUCGCUCAGCAAUGUUCGGGGGACCAAAAGGGUUGAUAACUAUUGCAAGCAAUUUAUCAUCGAGGACUUGCAAAUACGGUUGGAUCCUUAUGUAACAGCAGAGGAUCUUGAGGUUAUGGACAUGGAUCGCGAAAGAAAGCUAGACGAGUUUAAGGAAUUUCAGCAGCCGGAGAGAAUUAUAGAUAGUUCACGGGUGACGCUGGAGGAUGGCUCUUCGCAAUUACAGUACUUGGUCAAAUGGAGGCGGCUGAACUACGAUGAAGCCACCUGGGAGAAAGCAACCGAGAUCGCUGAGCUGGCGCCGGAGCAGGUUAAACAUUACCAAGGUAGGGCAAACUCAAAGAUAUUGCCUCAGUACUCUAGCAGUUAUACUUCCCAAAGGCCUAGAUUUGAGAAGCUGAGUACGCAACCACCAUUUAUCAAGGGCGGAGAACUAAGAGAUUUUCAAUUGACUGGUAUCAAUUGGAUGGCUUUCUUGUGGUCUAAGAACGAUAACGGAAUUCUAGCAGAUGAAAUGGGCCUAGGAAAAACAGUUCAAACUGUUGCAUUCAUAAGUUGGCUGGUAUACGCACGUCGGCAAAAUGGCCCGCAUCUCAUAGUCGUACCAUUAUCAACAAUGCCUGCUUGGCAAGAAACUUUCGAAAAAUGGGCACCAGAUCUCGAUUGUAUUUGCUACAUGGGAAAUCAGAAGUCAAGGGAAACUAUCAGAGAAUAUGAGUUUUAUACCAAUCCCCAGGCUAAGGGAAAGAAGAAUACUAAGUUUAACGUUUUGAUGACCACUUAUGAGUAUAUUUUGAAAGAUCGCAGUGAGUUAAGCAGCAUUAAGUGGCAGUUUUUGGCUGUCGACGAGGCUCACAGGUUGAAGAACGCUGAAUCUUCUCUUUAUGAGUCUCUAAACAGCCUGAAAGUGUCGAAUAGACUCUUGAUUACAGGUACACCUCUUCAAAACAAUAUCAAGGAAUUAGCAGCUCUGGUCAAUUUCUUAAUGCCUGGUAGGUUCACCAUUGAUCAAGAAAUUGAUUUUGAGAAUCAGGAUGAUGAGCAAGAAGAAUAUAUUCGUAAUCUCCAUGAGAGAUUGCAGCCAUUCAUUUUAAGACGACUUAAGAAAGACGUGGAGACAUCGCUGCCCGGUAAAACCGAAAGAAUAUUACGUGUCGAACUUUCAGACGUGCAGACGGAGUACUAUAAAAACAUCUUAACCAAAAACUACAGCGCCUUAGCUGCAGGAGCCAAAGGUGGUCACUUUUCUUUACUGAAUGUUAUGAGUGAGCUGAAGAAAGCUUCUAACCACCCAUACCUAUUCGACAACGCUGAGGAGAGGGUCUUGGAGAAGUUUGGUGAUGGAAGCAGGUCUCGCGGGAAUAUAUUGAGAGGUUUAAUAAUGUCUUCAGGUAAGAUGGUUUUACUCGACCAGCUACUUACAAGGUUAAAAAAAGAUGGCCACCGUGUAUUAAUUUUCUCACAGAUGGUGCGAAUCCUGGAUAUUUUGGGUGACUACCUGCAAAUAAAAGGUCUUAAUUUUCAACGGUUGGAUGGUACUGUCCCCUCUACACAAAGAAGAAUUUCCAUUGAUCAUUUCAAUGCGCCAGAUUCAAAUGAUUUCGUGUUUUUGCUAUCGACCAGAGCAGGUGGUCUGGGUAUUAAUCUUAUGACGGCUGACACAGUUAUCAUCUUCGACUCUGAUUGGAAUCCACAAGCAGAUCUACAGGCUAUGGCCAGAGCCCAUCGUAUUGGUCAAAAAAACCAUGUGAUGGUCUAUCGAUUAGUCUCCAAGGAUACAGUUGAGGAAGAAGUGCUAGAGAGAGCCCGUAAAAAGAUGAUUCUUGAAUACGCCAUCAUAUCUCUAGGUGUUACAGACGGUAAGAAAUAUACAAAGAAGAAUGAACCUUCGGCUGGUGAGCUCUCAGAAAUUCUUAAGUUUGGUGCUGGGAAUAUGUUUGCUGCUCGUGACAACCAGAAAAAGCUUGAGGACUUGAACUUAGAUGACGUGCUAAACCAUGCGGAAGAUCAUAUAACUACACCAGAGCUUGGAAAGUCUCACCUCGGUGGUGAAGAGUUCCUCAAGCAAUUCGAAGUUACCGAUUACAAGGCUGAUGUGGACUGGGAUGAUAUUAUACCGGAAGAAGAACUGAAGAAGCUACAAGAUGAAGACCAAAAGAGGAAGGAUGAGGAGUAUGUCCAAGAGCAAUUGCAGUUGAUGAACAGGCGAAGCAAUGCUCUGAAAAAAAUCAAAGACAGCGUGAAUGGCGAUGGAGAAAGUCGAUAUUCAGACGACGAUGAGGAUACGAAAUCCUCUCGGAAGCGCGCGAAGGCAAACAAUUUGGAUCUGAUUGACGAGCGGGAAAUUCGGGCCUUAUACAAGGCCAUUCUGAAGUAUGGUGUUCUGACUGAUCAAUUUGAGACCAUGAUUGCCGACGGCUCCUUACCAUUGAAAUCCAUCGAGAGAUAUGAAGAGGUUUAUGCAGAUCUAAUAGCCAGUGCUAAGGAACACUUACAGAAGGAAGAAACCAAGAGGAAUCAAAUCUUCGAGUCAUUGGAGAAAGAAGCUCAGGCUUACAAAGCCAAGCUGAAAAACGGAUCAAUCAAAGCCAACGAUCAGCCCAAAGAAAACCCAUUGACAAAGCUGGCGGCGAAGAGAAAGGAGAAGCGAGCCGUUCUUUUCGAGUACGAAAAUGUGAAGAACUUGAACGCGGAAUCGCUACUUAACAGAAUUGAGGAUUUAACACUGCUGAAAACUUACAUCAACGAGAAUUUCAAAGAUGAUCCAUCCAAGUUCCAGUUCAACAGGCCGCUAAAAGCCGUGCAAAAUUGGAACUGCGACUGGACUAAGGACAACGACGACAAGCUGAUGGUAGGGAUCUACAAGUACGGAUACGGUUCUUGGGCACAGAUAAGAGAUGAUCCAUUCCUCGGGUUGACAAAUAAGAUAUUCCUCAAUGAGCCUCAGGCGGUGAGUUCCAAUAAGGGCAAAAAAGCAGAGGAAUCUCCUGCAGGAGAAAAUGUAUCAGAGAAACGUGGCAAAGGAAUCGCAGGAUCGUCAAAGAAAGUACCCGGUGCCAUUCACCUUGGGCGGAGAGUCGACUAUCUAAUCUCUGUCUUAAGAGAAGAAAUCAACGGCUCAACACCAGCAGCACACAGCCCCAGCGGAGCCAACACCCCAACGGUUGAUUCUAGCUCUGAAAGACUGCCUACAGGACCUGCCAAGAAAAAACAAAGAAAGAACCCUGCCACGACCAGCAAGGCCGGAUCUCCAGAUCCGACCAAGUCGGAGACGAGCUCCAGCACAUCUGCGAGACGAAUGAAACCGCUCCCCAAGGGUCCUGCAGCCAUGACCAAUGGCAGACCACCGCCACAAGCCUCGAAACCACCUCACAUCGCAAGGCCUCCGUCCAGUCCGACCUCCAACAAGCAUGAAAAGGAGUACGACAGCAUGGACGACGAAGAGUGCAUGCACAGCAUGGGUGACAUGCGCGCCUCGCUGAAGAGACUCAGGCGCGGAGGCAAGGGUCUGGACCGUAAGGAGUGGGCUCGUAUACUGAAGACUGAGCUCACUGCCAUCGGCGACCACAUCGAGAAGCAAAAGAGCUCCUCCCGCAAGACAGACGCUGCAAAGUUCAAGAAACAUCUAUGGUCAUACACCGCGAAUUUUUGGCCUGCUCAGGUCAAGAGUGCAAAACUCAUGGCAAUGUACGACAAGAUUACGGGCUCAAUCAACACAUAA